AUGACGUCUACUAUUCACGACGACGAAUUGUCAAUAUCCCUUCCUCAACAUGACAAGUCGAAAUCAAAGCCGACUUUCCCUUCUGUCGUCUCGCCUCCCGCACGGCAGAGCCCUGGUCAAACCCCGACAGCAGAGUCUCCAGCCACUGCUCGAGCGAUGAAUCGGCUACAUCAAUACAGCUUUGUGCGCAACAUCGGGGAGGGCUCGUUUGGCAAGGUCAAGCUGGCAAGGCACAAAGUUACCGGUCAAGAAGUUGCCAUGAAGACCAUCAACCGCAGAAAGCUGAUAAGUCGGGACAUGGCGGGUCGGAUCGAGAGAGAGAUACAGUACUUGCAGCUACUGCGGCACCCACACAUCAUCAAGUUGUAUACCGUCAUCACGACCAAGACCGACAUCUACAUGGUCCUUGAGUAUGUACCCAUGGAGUUGUUUGAUUACAUUGUCAAACACGGUCGGCUGGGGGAAGCAAAGGCUCGCAAGCUGUUCCAGCAGAUCAUAUGUGCCGUCGAAUAUUGCCACCGACACAAGAUUGUGCACAGAGACCUGAAGCCGGAGAACCUUUUGCUGGACAAGAACAUGAAUGUGAAGAUCGCAGAUUUUGGUUUGAGCAACAUCAUGACCGACGGCAAUUUUCUCAAGACAAGUUGUGGCAGUCCCAACUAUGCAGCACCUGAGGUUAUUGGCGGAAAGUUGUAUGCAGGUCCGGAGGUCGACGUUUGGUCUUGCGGAGUCAUUCUCUAUGUGUUCCUUGUUGGCCGUCUUCCAUUUGACGACGAGUUCAUUCCCGCACUCUUCAAAAAGAUCCAAGCUGGAACAUUCCACAUCCCUUCACAAACACCGCCUGGCGCAGUAAACCUGAUCAAGCGCUGCUUGCAGGUCCAUCCCGUUCACCGUAUCACGAUUCCUGAAAUCCGACAAGAUGAAUGGUUCAAGAAAGACCUUCCAGCGUAUCUAGUGGAGCCGGUAGAAGAAUUCCUCGAUACAGGAGUCGACCCGUCCAAAGCCAUCGAUCCUCGUCAGCUGGCACCAGGAAAGCCACUCGAGGUUGUGGAACGAAUCCACGAGCAAGUCAUCGGUAAGCUCGGUCGCACAAUGGGCUACGCUAAAGAAGACGUCAAGGAUGCAUUGAGUAAAGACGAACCAAGUGCCAUCAAAGACGCGUAUCUUAUUGUCCGAGAGAAUCAAUUGAUGGUUGAGACGUCGGAAUAUCGUGCACAGAAUCCCGAGCUCGAAUCAUUCAUGGCUUCCUCCCCGCCAGGAGAACCCAACUUUCCCAUUCUCACCGCGUCGCCAAUGGCCAAUGGUCGUAAAGUUGGAGAUGACGUGAAACCGCUGACACCUACUCCGAGUGACGGACAUCGUACAAGUCGUGCACCGUCAGAGACGCCGUCAGUUCAGAAGGAAGAAGAGAAGCCUCGAAUCUCGAAUGUUCGAGUCUUGAAUACGUCACUGCCGCAUGUCCAUGAGGAGCUGCUCCAGAUCCGGGAAAAGGCCAAGGCGAGAGGAGACGACCCUGAUACUAUUCUUCACCCUUCUCAAGAUCCAGACAAAGGCGACGCCGAGAGUCCAAUCCCCGAAGAAAUCAAAGAUGAACAAGGAAACCCGAUCUACCGUUCUAAAGAAGAGCAAGAGGCGACGUCACGGGCACUCAAACCGCAUUCGAGAUCUGUCACCGCCCUCAGUAGCCUCCGGGAGUCCAAGCCUCGGCCAGAAGGCAUGACGGCGAUACCGUCAGAUGAGAAAGACAAACGGCUUCCAACCUCAAGAUCGAAACCGCGCAAAUGGCAAUUUGGCAUUCGGUCGCGUAACGCGCCUUACGAAGCCAUGAAGUGCCUUUAUGCAGCUCUCAAGGCUCAAGGGGCAGAAUGGGAGGUCAAUCCUUGGUUAAAGGCACAAGGUGAAGGUGGUGAAGGCGAGGACGAACAAGAUAAAGGCCCUGCACCACCGGUGGAACUCGGACCCGGCGAGCGCCAUAGCGUCCUUCAGCAGAAAUACUCGUUCUUGAAAGACGACUACUAUGUGCCUCGUGACCCAUGGAACAUCCGAGCUCGUGUACUAAAGAAGGGCAUGCUAAUGCCGGGCGAAGCUCCAUCUAUUUCAGCCCACAGUUCUGCGGUCAGCCUACCCUCGGAGCCUCAAAAUCAGCUCAAGAAGCACAUUGAGCAGCUCGGAUAUGCUUCAGAAGAUGUGGCGAAAGCUCUCGGUAUCAAAAAUGGGGAUGUCUCGGGGUCAUCAAAAUCUCCCCAUGGCAGUGCUCAAAACACAAGGCCUAACACGAGCGUGGGCGAUGUCGCGGCCCAAGGGCAAGAAUCAUUCACCGGUCCAGGACAGCAUGCCGUGCGGACAGAUAGCCAAUCCACAUUGAACAGGAAGGUCCCGAGCGAGAACAUUGCGGUAUGGGUCUUUAUCGACAUUCAGUUGUACACGCUUGAAACGGGGACUUAUGUGGUCGACUUCAAAUGUGACGGCUACCAAAAUGUCAUCUGGCACGAUGUGAGGAAGGACAAAGAUCGUAUCAAGACCUCCAACAGCGGUAGCAACGUCGCCAGCCCCUCGAACAGCCGGCCCACAAGUGGAUUUUCCGAGAAUCAUCGUACCGGGUCUGAGCAAUGGGACGAAGGAGCGCCAGAAGGGUACUGGAAGCCCGUCAGUAAGCGGUACAGGAACGUGGAGAAGGAGAUUUCCAGCCCUUAUCCGUAUCUUGACGUGGCCAGUGACCUGGUUGCUCAAUUGUGGGGUGGCAAUGCUUAG